AAUUUGCUUUUCAGUGUAUUUUCUGCUCACUCAGCAUGUGAGCAUAGAAUAGAUAAGAAGAUGAUUAGACAACGAGUAGUCUCUACUUUUUCGCAGUCGGUCAAGCGAAACGCGCGAGACAUUCAAAUGACGCACGCGCACUCCCCCUUUUAAAUCUGCAGAAUGCAGUGUAAGAGAUGAUCGUCAAUACAGUGGAAUCUGCUUUACUGACACCCGGUUAAUAACGGACAGUUUCCUUUUGUCCUGACAGUAACUGGUUAUUGGAACGGACAGUCCAGGUUAUUGCAACGGACAGCGGACACUUUUAUGUGAUUCGAAUGACUGGAAACGCUAUCAGACACCUAACGUUACGGACAAUAGUGAUCAGUGCGCCGUAUACAUCUCAUCAACGAGAACCUAAAAGAAGUGGAAAUUCAAGCAAAAGUGAAUGCAAGGCAGGCUAUACGGCAAAGGGCAGAUGUAUUUGAGGCCAAUAUUUCGGCUAACAAAAUUACCUUCCUCAGGGCCAGAGCUCAGGCUCUGAGGAAGGCUAAUGUUAGCGUAAAUAUUCAGCCCUUUGCCGUAUUGCCAGCCUUGCAUUCAGUUUUGUUUUCAUUCCCACUUGAGGUGACGUCUGGCAUCAGCAAGAAAGAACCAGUCGGUUUUAUUUACGCGUUGAGUGGAACUCUGCAUUCGAAGAUUUUUACUGUUUAUAUAUGACAACAGCAACAACUUUAUUGACAUCUUUGACAUUUCAGUACCAAAACAAUCAAUAUAAAAGAAGUGGCCUAUGCCUGAAGAAAGGGUAAACAAAUUGGGGGGGAGGGGGGUAGUGCAUCGCGCAAGUCAAAGCUACACUUCCCCCAACUUCCGUUAGUUAAGGAGCUGUGUUACCAAAUUUCACAAAAUUUAUGCAGGGGGAACUGCCAGAAAAUCGAGUGAAACAUAACAAUAACCACUCAAAAACUAUUAGAAGAAGGUAUAAAUGACACAACAAAUACAAAAGGAAGCAGGAAUCGACAAACAGAUUAAAAAGGAUUUCAACUGUGGUUUUGGAAACCUUAUUCACCUGAUAAUUUUUCAAAGUUCAGUUUUGUUGAUUGCAACGAUUGAUGUGAUGUUUUGGAGACAGCAUAACUGUCAUUAGCCCGAGACCAGGCUCUGCAGUGGUGGAAAAAGGCAAUAAACGGGGUCUAAAAGGAAAAAUGUCGGCUCGCUUCGCUCGCCGAUUUUUUUCUCCUUUUCCCCUGCUGCGGAGCCUGGUCCCAGGCUAAACUGGCAUCGAUAAACAAAAUGAAAUCUCCAGCAGUGACACUGCUCCUUAAAAUAGACAUUGAGAAAUAGUUAAUAGUGCUCAAAGCCCCGGUUCAAAGUUCCAUAGAUACUCGGCAUCCUCUUUAUAUAUCUGGCUAUCUAUUCUAGCGUUUCUUGAACUAUUCAGAUCACGGCGGAUAUCACCACUUGCAAGUGUGAAUCAGAUAUCGCUGCUUGUUAGAAUCUUUGUCCGUGUUAAUUGAGAGUGAAACAGCCUGCGAGCAAGCUCUUCAUUUGGGGGAUAUCGUGAAAAGUACAUACGCACGCGAGAGAGCUAUUUGCCGCUCACUCUCGCGGCACGCUUCACUCGCUUACUGAUGGACAGCUUGUUCGCAGCCUAGUGAAUGAAUAUUUGAAUACUCCUCUUCGAUAAACAAGCUAUGUUGCGAAUUUUCAGUUUUACUUCAAACCCUUCAGAAGAGACAUACUUUGGAAUCAAAGAAAAGCAGCAAGAUAAUGCUUCAUUUAAAGUUACUCUCUCUAGCUACCUCUCUGCUUUUAUCCGCUGACGUAGGCCACCAAACCAAUAUUAGGGCUGUUCCUGGGCUGUCUACCUGUGCCUCCAGACGCAAACCCAGUGGCAACGUAACAUGUUCACGAAUUCAGACAUAUCUUGGUUUACAAAUAACAAAGAUAGCCAGAAAGAAAGCGAUUGCCUUGUGGCAGUAGUCAAUAGGUGUAGAUGUUUUACAUAGUUUCUGCAACUUCGUAAACAACAUGGAACACUGACAUGUUGUUUUUGUAUCUGCGCAGGGGCUAAAGUAGAAUCACAAGGAGUGCUCACAGAAGAGUCAGAAGAAGAUGCUGAAGUACAUAAGCAAGUGGCUGAGGUAGAAGAAAAGUCUGUGUGUGAAACUGAAACUAAAGAUGAUGCAGAAGGGGAGAAAGUUAUUGAAGUAACAAGUGGAGGUACCAGCUGGGCCUUCAAACCGUGGACGGUUCACCUGAUGCUCCCUCCUGAUGCUGUAUCUGAGCGUACGACAAUCGUGGUCUGCAGAAGGAAAUACGGUGUCCGCUCACCCCCGCUACAGGAGCAUGAAGCAAUCACUAGCAAUGUUAUUGAACUAUCUUCCUUGAACGGUCAAGAACUAAAAUUUAACACCAAGGUGAAGCUGUCGUUAUCUCACAGCGCAACAGACCUACAGGGCUACGAGCUAGUGAUGAAAAAGCUGAUUGACAAGGAGACGAAUUAUUGGGAAGACGUGGAUGGAACCAGGGACAUACGUUGUCGUCAAGACUUCGAAGACAAUCUCCCUUCCCACAUGAAAAUACCGGACUUUUUCUUUCCCGUUGCCCAAGCUGAUGUAUCUGAGUGCUCAACCUACGCAGUAGUUUGUCGUCUCAAGGCUUCUCCAAUUUACCCCAUCACAUCUGGUGGAGGUUUAUUCAGCCAUCCUGACUUCCCAGACGUGACAAUUACAAUCCCUGAGAAUGCUGUUGCACCUAAAGCAAAGUUUCCGUUGGAGUUAAAGGUUCAAGAAGUUUCAAAUGAAGAAUUUAAAGCUGAGGGUAAAUUUCUUGGACCUGUAUUGAGAAUCAAAUGUCUUGAAGCUGUUCAGUUUUUGAAACCUGUCACGAUUCAGCUGCCAAUUUCUCUUCGAGAGCGAGAAGACUUGAACCUAAACCCCACAACAUGUCUCGUCAGAGUGCUGUUCCUCAAGUCCGAUCAUGACCAAAAAGAAUGGAUUGAAAUCACUGAUGAUCUUGUGAAACCGCCAAGUCUUGAUAGAAAUUUUGUAAGGUUCAAUGUGGAACGGUUCUCUGGAUAUUCGCAUUACGUUGAGAGGAGAAACGAUAACUCCCGGGUUUCUGUACAAAGAAUAAUAGAUUUCCUUAACAGCCUCAUUUUUCCGCCCAGACGGACAGUCUUCCUCGCCUACUUUCGUCCAGAUUUUUUAACCAUUUUGUGUGUGAUGUGUUGCCCUGCUCACCUUAAAGAAGAGGUGGUAACGCGGCUUAAAAAACAAGGCAUAAAGCCCGUUUGGCAAAACUCGAAGAAAGAUAUGGUACCUGGGUACGAUAAGGCAUUCGUGUUUGUAUCAAAAGGAAUAUACCCUCACGUAAAGAGUGACAUGGAGGAAAUUUAUCUUAACCUUUUAGAGGACGAUGCAGACGAUGCAGAGUUGGAGGUUCGUUUUCAUGAUGACGAAGACGCAGCUCGAGUGCAAUUUUAUAGCAUCUUAGAAGCCUCAAUGCCUCUAUUGUGUAGAUUGCACUUAAGAACACCCACUCAGGGUACGGCCGUUCGUUCGGACUUACGGGAACUUAGGCGACAGAUGGAAGGCAGUCCAACGGACGUUGUACUAGAAAGUCUAUCAAAAAGAAUCUCUAACGAUUGGAGAACGCUUGGGCGACGGUUAAACUUCAAUGAAGCAAAGCUGCAAGAAUUUGAUGAUAGCCAUAAACAAAUAUCCGAAAAAGCAUACUUCAUGUUGUUAGCCUGGAAACAAAGGGACGGCUCAGCUGCUACCUACAGUGUUCUGAACCAAGCGCUGUGUGAUCCCCUUGUAGAGCGUAAAGAUCUAGCACAAAUAUUUUGUUGUCACUGAAUUAGGUAUUUACUUUUUCCUUUCGGCUAAAUCGACAAUAAUGGUUUUGGAAAACUUGUU